AAGAUUAUGACACUCCAGGGAAAGGCUUGCCUAUCACAGCUGUGCGUCAUCCAGUACCGUAGUUUCCGGUCUGUACGGUUCCCACUAAAUGAACGCUUCUGAACUCGCCCAGAUGAACAAGGAGACAGCAAGCGCCGUAGUAUCCCACUGAAUAAGGGGACACUGCCGGAGACUUGGGAUAAAAAAAAUAUCGUGAUCCACUGAAUAUGUCGGACUAGAGAAGGCAAUGUGCGUUGUAUGUUUUCACAUUAUUAAUUAAGCAACAGGUGGUGAAGCAAUACUUCUGGCUCGGAGUUUGGAUGUUCAUCUGCAGUCACUGAGGAAAGACACCACUGCUCCCAAUCCAUCUCCUCUGACUUUGCCCCUCACUGUUCUUUCAUCCUAGCUUGUGUGAUUAAGUAUUACUUUUCUGCUACAGUUUUUACUCCCGUAUCAGAGAGGAGCUUUGAAGUUUUCAUCCAUCACUUGUCUUUGUGCGUACUGCUGCAUGUUCAUUCAUACAGUUAGCCUGGCUUCUCUCCACGGCUCAACUGCUUGUCAGAACAGAAACUCAAUUUUCCAUCUAACGGGAGACCCCUUGACCCCUUCUCGUCAGCUCAUCUCCUCUCAUCUUCUCCCCCGCUCCGUUAUAUUUGAUCUGCGUUCAGUUUGGUAGACGAGUGGCACGGUUCCAAAAAACGAGUGAAAAGGGGGCCCGUGUACCCUACAGAAGGAGACCCGCAAACACCACCUUACUGCUCUGCAGCCAUUUUAUUCCAAGUGACCGGUUGGUGCUGCCUCUUGAAGGAACCAAACAUGUCUACCAAGGUGCCCAUCUACCUGAAGCGGGGGAGCCGUAGGGGGAAGAAGGAGAAGCUUCGAGACAUCCUGUCUUCGGACAUGAUCAGCCCGCCCCUGGGAGACUUCCGCCACACCAUCCACAUCGGCAGCGGGGGUGGGGAGAACGACCUGUUCGGAGACCUGUCCUUCCUGCAGGGGAAAUUUCACCUCCUCCCCGGGCGGCAGAGCCACCUCCCCCAGCGCCCCGGCUUGUUCGGGGACAGGUCGCACCUCAACCGCCCGGCCAGCAUGUACGGAGACCCGUCCUCCCCCGAGCGCUCGCUCCUGCUGAAGAACGCCGUCUCCCUGCCCGUCAUCGGCGGUGUCCAGGCGCUCACGCUGCCCAGGCCCGCCCCCACCCCCUCUCAAACCCAGUCUCAGAUCCCCCCGCCCAAGCCUCCCAGGCUGCACCUGGACAACAAGAACUUGACCCUUCCUCGGUCCAGGAGGGACUGCUCCCCGUACACUAUCCAGUCCUCCAAUAAGACCUCGCCUCUGACCUCUCCCCCCUCCAAAGCCUCCCCUGACGGUGAGAGAUGUGUCCUGGAGGACAAUGCCCAGGACAGGCCCUACCUGUCUCACGCCAGCUCCUUUCUCUCCUUGCACCUGGAUUUGGGGCCCUCCAUCUUGGACGAUGUGCUACAGAUCAUGGACAACCAACGCCUGGGUCUCAAUGGGGCCGGUCUGCAUGGGGGACGACAGGGGAUCUUCACCUGAGGGACUUUGUUUUGCAGCACGGUGAACAAGCCUGGCUCCCACCCCCUCAACACCUCCAAUCAAGCCUGGCUGGAUUACGUAGUGAUGGAACACUUUUGUGAAGUCCUUUUUACUUUAUUCAUUUUACCUUUAAGCCUUUUAUAUUGUAUAUUGUAUAUUGUACAACAAAAGCCAUGAGCCAUCUCCCAUGAAAACUGGUUUAUCCCGUGUAGCUCCUUAAGAGAGUUGGCCUUAAGAGGACAUUAAUAACUAGCUAAUAUAAUAUAAAACAAUAAUCAGUUAGCAGUUAGGGCAAAUGUACCUGUGGGUGACUUUAAAGUAUAUAUUUUUGUGACUGAAUAGUUUUCUGUUCUUACACACAUUGUUUAUAUUCUGUACCAUAUAAGCUACAGUUCUCCAGACCAGAAUACACUGUGAUUGAGUGGAUGUCCAACCUGUGGAGACAGACCAUGGCUGCCUUUUUUAGAUACUUAUAAAGAUCACUCCAGAGAAAAGAAAUGUAUAGCUUCUCUUAAAAAAUGAUGCGAUCUGGAUCACAUGAUGGUGAGAUCAGCGCUUUGUAUGUGGGAGGAGGGAAUAUUGAGCAUUCCACUGCCCCACACACGUUUCUUUCAAGAAGUGGUUCAUGCUCAUCUUAAUUGUUUUUAUUUUCUCGCCAAAAUGUGGUGCUCAUCUUAAUUUGUUAUAUUUUAAAUCGGACCACAAACUCUUAAUCUUGCUCAAAAUAGGAAAGACAUUUCAAGUGUAUGUUCACAGGAGAUGACACUAAAAGUGCACUGAAGUUGUUCUACUUUACACCAUUUCUAUUUAUGUCAAACACUACAGAUCACAGUGGGGCAUCUCAGUGAAGUUUUAGAUUUUUUUUCUGGAUCAAUACUAUAUAGGAUACAGUCCAUAUUAUGGAUAAUGUGAACAUAGAUUUUUCAGUUUUUAAAUUUGGGCACAGUUGAACUGCAUGACUAGAUAAGGGCAUGAAUGACUGUCAUGUAUCACUGAUGGACUUCUUUUCAGGGUGUCAUUUUUCUGUUUUGUCAAUCGGAUUCGGCAAUGAAAUCUUCCAAAUGAAGGCUCUUGCCAAUAGAGUUACUUAGUUGCCAAUGUUUGUGCAACAACUAACCGGGGGGUUUAAGGACAUGACACUUUUUGAGCACUCUUUCUCACCUGGGUGUUCUUGUCAGGACUCUGACUUUCACAUUCAUCUCUUUUGAAGGCUUACUCAAGAAAUUGUGCACUCUCACUGUUCUGUUACAUGUUAACCAACUUUAAUCUACAAUUUCCUGUAUUAUGCCUAGUUUCUGUUAUCUUUAUCAUAUUGAAUGAAGUCAGUAAAAAUCUCAAGUUGAAAAUGUUUUGCUUCUCAUCUUGAAAACUGCCGUCUGCUUGUAUUUGCAUCCUUUAUUUUGUGCCACUUUGACAGCGUUUCUUUUAUUUUCUUGCUAAGGUUUUGUGAAUACUCUGUAAUUCCAAUGACAAUUACGGCUCAAAACGGUCAAAUUAACAUCACACAAAUCAUUGUUUCUGCAUUGUAGUAACUCACUUCUUCACACACUAUUAAUUAAAAUAAUUAGGACUGUAUUUUCUUGCACUACUGUACUGUUGUAAUAUAUUUUCAAAACAUGGAGAUAUUUUCUACUUGGGCUAAAAAAACAAUGGGUUGACACUUUGAGUUAUUAUUAUUAUAAAUAAACACCCAAUUUCCUGCCCCAAA